AUGAAAUUUACUUUAAGUGGACCUGAGGAGCUCAUUAAAUAGAUAAAAGAGGGAAUUUUUAACUUUAACCCUUUAGAAAUUUUGGGCAUUGAAUAAUCAAAAGAUGCACGUGCUAGUUUUAUAAAUAAAAUAACAUCUAAGAAGAUCACCAAAAGAAUUGCAGUAACCUUGGCCUUUGAUUAAAUUUCUACAAAAUAAUCUAAUAGAUAUCUUGAAGUUUAUUAGAAAAAAGGUUAUUAUAAAUUAAAUAUGCAAAAAUAUGGAGUGUAUGAAGCAGCUCUAAUUUCUGAUAUUGAAUACUUAAAACAAAAUUUGAAAAAUGCCAAAAAUCAAUAAUAAGAACACAAGAGAACUUUAUUAUAUACUUGUUGUAGAUCAGGAUUCUAUGAUUGUGUAGAGUUGUUGCUACAUUAUGGUUGCGAUAUUGAAUAACAAUAAGACACUAAUAGUACUCCUUUACAUGUAGCCAGUUUUUAUGGUCAUAAAAAUGUGACUCAAUUAUUAAUUAGUUAUGGAGCCAACAACAAUAUAAAAAAUCAUUAUAAUAAUAUUCCUUCAGAUGAGGCUAGAACAGAUGAGAUAAAAUAAUUAAUCAUUAGUAAUAAGGAUGAUAAUAUAUUAACAUUUUUUUAAUAAUCAAAAAAAGAAGGAAUAGUUGAAUUUAUUGAAAGAUCCAAGAAUGACAACAUGAUUAGGAUAUACAGAAAACUAAAAAAGGUUGAUUUAAAAUUAUUAUUUAAGAACAAAAAAGAAUAUUGUCAUUGCUAUCAUGGGACUAAAUUUAAAUAUAUAAAACCAAUUUUAGAUGUGGGAUUAUAACCAUCUGGAGCAAAAACUAAAUAUGGAAAGGUUGAAACACCAAGUAACCAUAUCCAUCCAGAUGAAACGAUAGGUGGUAUUAAAAAUUGGGCAAAAGCUAUAUUCACAAGUCCAAGUGCUUUUUAUGCAGCAGACACAGCUUACUCGGAGAGAAUUUAGAAUAAAGGUCAUUAAUAUUGUUGCCUUGUAGAAGCAUUAAUAAAAGAAGGCUCAUAUAAAUAAUUCCCGUCGACAGUCUUAAAAAGAGUUUUCUAAAUUAAAAAUGAACCUGCUGAUGUUGAGUAUAGAAUUGACUGCAAUCAGGAUGCUCCAUUAAUUUAAAGAACUGAGGAUGCAACUAAAGUCAUUGUGUUUUCAGCACUAUUUUUAAAAGAGUAAUAUCUAUAGAAUCAAGAAAAUUAUGAUGAAUGCAAUUAAUUUCUUGAUAAUUUAAGUGCCUUUGAAUUGUGA